AUGAAGUCACAUAAGAAACCAAGCAUAAAGGACUUCUUCAAGCCUGUGCCGCGCAAGACACAAGAGAGUGCCAAAGACGCCCCACAGCUGCAAGGUACCCACGUUCCUACCAGUUUUGGGUGCAAGAGGCUAACAUUCCACUUUAUCGUAGACGCAAGCAGCACGCGUCCCGAGCCAACUGCUCUUCCCUGGACUAAUCUGCACCAAGUCCCAGCGCAUCAAAGUACGAAUAGAUCUGUUGCACAUUCCAGCCCCAGUCCUUCUGCCGUGCCGCCUGUGCCAAUCAACAACUCUGCCUCUAGCCCUGACGCACAGCCGCCUACCACGUCACAAACAUCUGUCAAUUCUGGCGUGAGCAAGAGAGUUGUUUCCAACGGCGAGCAUGUGGUACUCAAUUCCGAUUCCGAUGACGAUUCGCUCAAGGAACUAGAUUUUGGUGUGCCUACUACCGGUUUCAAGGCAGUCGCACCAAUUACCCGCUCAAAGCGGACCACUCAAUAUGAUGAAGACGGACUGCGCAAGCCUGAGAAGAAAGCCAAAAGCAAACAGGACCAUCUCGACCGCGUUGUCGAAACCGCCAAGAAGACCAGGGAGCUUGAGCUGAUCAUCAAUGAGCGUAAAGCUGAUCUAGAAAAGCAUGUGGAAGAAGACUCCAACACAGAUUUCGUAUUUGAUGAAAAUGCCCUGGGUCAAGCCGUCCAAGACGACGAUGAUCCUGAGAAGGCGCACCGUCUCUUCCUCGCAAUGCAGCGAACAAAUGCCACUCACAUCGAGCAUCUUUUCGAGGUACGGACCUUGCACCCACAUGACUUUAUGUUGCUAAAGGUCGAAGAUGAAUCUACAAGAGACCAAGCGUUCUUGACUGGCUUUGCGCAUCAAGCAUUUCGACUACAGGACCUCCCCGAAGAGCUCGCCUCAUGGAUGAUAGAUCAGAUAUGCUUUGAGCGUAGUGAUGCCCUCGACUUGAAGUACAUGGAGAUUCUAGAGGCGCAUGACCACUACCUUCGCAAGCUGUUGGAUCGAGAUAGGCUAGACAGCAUCUUCAGAUAUGCCGGAGCUGACAUGGCAGGCUGCAACACAACAGCCCAGGUCUCUCCAUUUGUCGAUCCUCAGACAAAGGCGACCAUGUGCAACUUCGUCGACAACAGAAAGCUGACCCAUGGCGUAGGGAGCUCCCAACCUCAGGAUGAAGAUCAGACUCUAAUCGCCUCACAGCUCAGCGAUGUACUCCCACAACUUCUUGCACGCAUUACUCAUCCUGUUAUGCAGAGGGACCUUGUCUACGCUUUGCCUACCCGAUCCCCGUUGACUGCAUACUUUCAGCGCCACCUUGCGUUAUCGUUCCUUGUUCAUCCAGGUACAGUGGAGGUCCCUCUCGGAGACCCUGAGAUGCCAGCUUUUAUACACAAGCUUCUGAAGACAUCACCGAAUUUCCGCAUCAACAAGAAUACCGACUACCGCUUUCUCACAGCACGCAUAACGCUUCUCGACAUUGCGGUCGGCCCAGGCCUCUCAUCAGUUCCCUACCAACCACUGCUCAGUCCAGCGGCGUCUCGUGCAGGUUCAUCACCCAUCAUGGCUCCAGCUCCAGAAAUCGACGAAGUCAAAAACUUCAACAAAGAAGUGGAUGCACUUGCCCAGCAGAUCAAGAUACUCGGCAACUCGAUCAUCGAAGCAGGUGCAGUAGCUGACCUCACGAUCUUAGAUGCAAAGGACAGUGUGGAGCGUUUGUGUUCGCGCCUCGAGCAUGCUGUUCGCAUCGGUGGCAAGAAGAUGCACGAUGUCUUUGGCGACGAUGACGAAGUGAAGCAACUCAAAGUCACAGACAUCUUCCGCAGAGUCGCAAAGGCUCGCAAGAACGCGCCUGCAGGAGGCAUCUUCGACCAAGACGACGACGCCGACACGGACGAUGCCGUGACCGCGCAAAUCAAAGCGGAGACGGCAUCUUAG